CCCUUCCACUCCAAUAGAAACACUCAUAAUUGCACCCAACAACUAUGCUUUUCACCAUAUUUAAACCUCUCCUCCCAAAUUCUACUCAUUUUUUUCAUCUUCUCAUAAUUUAUGUUCCACCACCACCACAGGAUGAAUCAUUCUUCCUCCUCUUCCACCACCUACUCUUCUCUCAAUAGCUUCUAUAGCUUCCUCGCUCAUAGUCUCGACGAUCUUUAUCGAUCAUUCCAUUCUCAAAACGUCAUGUCUAUCCACUUCCUACAACUUGUCCUUGCAUCCCUCCAAUCUUUUCAUUCUGAAUUGACCCUUUUGGUUCACACACUACACUUGCCCGUAGGCGAAAAAUGGCUUGAUGAGUAUAUGGACGAGAGUUCACGCCUUUGGGAAGUAUGUCAUGUUUUGAAAUCAGGCAUUUCAAACAUGGAAAUCUAUUGUUCCAUGGGCGCCAACAUACACUCUAUCCUUGAAAACCAUGAUCUAAGUCCACAAAUCUCACGCGAGGUGCUAACGGCUAUUAAUCGUUGCCAAAGGGAGAGUGUUAGACUGGAGGAAGAAAAUAGGAGCUUAGCGGAAACAAGGAUCAAACCAUUGACCAUGAAAUUUGAAGAAAUUACUUUAGUCCAAUCGAAGUUUAAUGGGUUCAAUGGAUUUAGAGGAGCACUAUAUGCGCUAAAGAACAUAAGCUCAUUGCUAUUAAAGGUCAUGGUUAAUGGCCUAGUUUAUUGCUCAAGCGAAACAAGUUUUCCUUCCUUGUCUCAUAUAAAUACAACUAUUUCUAAUGAAAAUCGUACGAUUUUCAAAACAGAUUUUAUGGUCUCGGCUGCAAGAUUGAACGAGAUGGUGAACGAGAGAGAAGAUGGGCAAGAUGGUAUUUUACUUAACGAGUUCCAAAAAGCAGCACACGCGAUGGAUGAAUUGAAAAGGGAGUUGGAAAGAAUUAGAGGGUUUGAAACGAGAUUUGACAUAAGUCGGAGGGUUGAAAAUUUAAAGAGUUGUUUUGGAGUGUUGCAAUGUGGAAUUGAGAAUAUAGUUGUUCAACUUGAUGAUUUUUUUGAUGAGAUAGUUGAAAAUAGGAAGAAACUCUUAGAAUUAUGAACCCACAAAAAAAAAAUAGAUUUGUGUCGAUUUCUAUCUUUUUAGCAACCAAAAUAAGUAAACUUGGGUUCAAUUUUCACUAUUUUUUU